CAGACAAAAACCUGGAACCAACACAGAAUUCCAGUCAUUCAAUCUGAUUUUUCUCGCAUCAGAAUGUUCUCUUUUUCUAGAGCUGUUAUUAUAUUCUUUACUAUUUUCCCAUUGAUCUCUGCAACUGGACAUCUUCGGUUGGAACUAACGUCGUCCAAAAACUUUAUCUUACAACUGAAGACGAACACAAGUUUCCAAGAAAUCCAGCUUGCUAUGGGUAAUCCAAGAACACUGAGCUUCCACCCAAAAGACCAUCAAGAAACGCUUGAGAUCUCAUUUUCCAAUAAUGUUAGCGAUCUGACAACAGUGGAAUAUCAUAUGAAUAGUAAUGAACUCAAUACUUAUCAAACUAUUCUAUUCUCUGACGCCGUUUUAUUGGUUCAGUCAGUUUUCAAGUGUGAUACCGGGUUCGUUGGAGAUAAAUGCCAAGAUAUUAUUACUUCUACCUCUACCACAGUGAUUUCCACAACUACAACAGAAAUCAAAACUUCAACUACUAAGGUAAUUAUAGUAAUCAAUGAUGUUCCAAAAGAAGCUUCGGCCCUGCAACAAUCCAUCUCUUUAAACGUCAUUCAUUGCUCCGUGCUCAUCGUGAUCAUCAUAGUACUUCUCAUUCUUAUCAUUAUCGUCUACAUCUUCCUCCGUCCACAUCAUCAAAAACACGUUUACAUUCAACCGGAAUCUCCAGCCCAAAAUGAGAGAAAAUGCUCUGUUCUCCUUGAAGAAUCAGGUUAUUUUUCGCCACUAGAAAGCCCAAGAUAUACGGAAGCUCCACAUACUUUCUUGAAAGUUUCUUAUUAAUAUUUCAUAUUUUGUGUAAUAAUUUAAUAAAUAC